AUGUUGGCAGCAGCUGUGGGAAUCGAUUGCAUGACAGCAUCCUCGAGGGCGGCGCUGCGCCGGCUCACUACUCGCAUCGGGAGGCACGCGGGAGCCAAGGCCAGCAGCAGUGCUGUGGCUGGCUGGCCUGCGGUAGCUCCUGCGGUGGCUUCCGCGGUGCCACUGCUGCGCUGCGUGGCGUUGGCACUGAAGGGCAGUGUCCGGGCUGCAAGGCGCCAGGUGGCCUUGGGCCGAGUUGCGAUCGACGGCCGCCGUGCUGAGGAUGAGCUGGAGAUGGUGGAGAAUCACCGCGCCGUCUCCGUCUUCAAAACCAAGCGUGGAAACAUCCAAGAGUUGAAGGCCCCUCGGCGCCAGGAAGUCUACAUCAAGCUCCACAAGCCACGCGGAGUGGUUUGCUCGCACGUUCGGGAGUUACCGGAUGCUCUGAUCGUAUCGGAUGUUUAUCCGGUGGGUGCACAGGACUGUCACUGUGUUGGCAGACUGGAUUCGCGGAGCGAGGGCUUGCUGCUCGUCACCACCGACGGCUUCUUCACGAGAUCUGCAUCAAUGCCCGAGACACACGUGGAGAAGGAGUACGUGGUCUUGAUCGCUCCUGCUGCGUCUGGGCCUGGAGCUGACGCGUGCUUGCCCUUCCGGCCGCCGACAGAAGCGACCCUAAGGCAGUUGACGGAUGGAGUGGAUCUCUUAGAUGGUAAGGCGCUGGCCUCUGCCCUGGAAGCGGAAGUGCUGCAGUGCGACGAGGCCAUGGGUCUUGCAAGGCUAAGGCUGGUGGUGGAUUCCGGCCGCUACCACCUCGUGCGACGGAUGAUGGCUGCCUUGGGCUACAGCUGCAAGCAGCUCAUCCGCACGAGGAUUGGGGAAAUCCGUGGUGUCCCUGUCCGCCCGGCCAGCUUGGAGCAGGCAGCAGCAGAGGACAAAGCAGGAACCCGGCCGCAGGCGGCUCGAGCCGAGAAGGGCUUCGCCGAGUCGCUUCUUCCGGGGCAGUAUGCGACUAUUGCCACAGAGGACGUGCUAACCGUUUACCGGCGUGGCCUGCAAUGGUUGGACCACCUCGCCGAAUCGCGAGUCGCGUCGGGCAAAAAGCAGGGAGAGUCAGACGUAGCAAGUCUGCAGUCAGAUGUCGCGGCCUCACCUCAUGAGAGAAUGGCGCCUAGGCGCUCAAAGCUCUCGCUGAGCAGGCGCAGAGACUUAUCACAAGUGCUUUGUUCCAUCACUGCCGGAUGCAGCUCCAUUCAACGAGAGCCACGGGAGUUCUCGAAAGUCCUACACACCUUUGGCACCGACACCUCCAACUGGGAAGAACGGCGGUGCAUAUCCAGAGAUGAGGUCAGGGAACACUUUGUUUCCCCCUUCAAGCACUGCCGUACUCUGGGGGAUGAUGGGCCCAAGUCUGGUCAGAAUCACAACCGGUCACCCAUCGUUGGGCGGAAGCCCAGCAACGAGGAGAUCCUGGCGCGAGCUCGGCGGGUCAUCAUUUCGGCCAAGGCCCAUCGCGAGAUGUCCUGGGACAAAGUCUUUGCCGCUGCCGAUUCUGACAAGUCCGGUGCUUUGGAUGCCAAGGAGCUGAAGCAGGCAGUGCGAGCAGCACUUCGAAUCACUCCAGAAACUCUUCCUGACUAUGACUUGCAAGUUCUUUUCGAUGUCAUUGAUCACGACAAGAGUGGCUCCGUGGAAAUGUCGGAGCUUCUCGAGUACGUGUCCCACGGCUCGAAGCGGCCUGAUGAUGAAACCAGGCUCCUAGAAAAGAAGACGGCGCGGGUCCGGCGCAAUCUGAACUUGGCCUUUCGGAAGUAUACUGCAUCACAUUCAGCAAUCAACGAGCUGUUUGCAAACAUUGAUGCGGGUGGCGAUGGGAAAAUCUCUCUGCUGGAAUUUCUUUACUUCGCUCGACAAAACCUGCAUCUCACUGCAUACGACGUGGGCGACAUGGAACUGAAGCAGUUUUACAAGAGUAUGGACCGGGAUGGGGACGGUGUGGAUGCUGAAGAGCUGCUGAAUUUCAUAAAGGAGCAGCACGCGGAACUGUCCGGUAGGAAGGUCUUCUCUUUCAUGGACGGCUCUUCAGAGGAUGCUGUCAAGAAAGAGCCCUGGAAGCAGCGCAACCCGUUUGAGAAAGCAUGUGCUUCCGGCGAAGGACCCAGUUGCGUGUUCGUCAACCUCGGGCGCAUAAAGCCACCCAGCAUGCGGCUCGCAAUGUCCAGCCGGUAG